AUGGCGGGCGGGUGCAAGGCGGCCAUCGGGUGCGUGGACGCGCGGGUGCCGGUGCGCGCCAGCUACGUCAGCCUCUACAAGUGGCCCGAGUCCGACGCCGAGUUCGUCCGCUCCGUGGCCAUGGCGCGGCGCCACCACCACCAGCCGGAGAGCCCCGCGGCCGCGUGCUACAGCGGCGGCAGCGCCAGCAUGCGCCGGUCCGGCGGGGUCGGGGUCGAAGGGUACGGCGGCGAGAGCCCGAGGGUGGUGGACAGCUACUCGUGCCGGCAGAUGUACCUCCGCAGCUACACCUUCUCCACGAAAAAGGAGACGGUGCCAGAGCGCACCAUGGCGUGCCUCGGCCGCGUUCGGGAGCGCGCUGCCGUUUUCCCCAGCUUCCUCCCCAACCGCAGCGGGGGCGGCGGAUCCGACGCCGGAAGCUCCUUCGGCAGCUCGAGUGGCGGUGGUCGGUACUCCGGGAGGGAUCAAGACGGCGGGCGCAGAGGGACUGCUGGUGGCGGGAGCAAAGGGAGAAGGAAGCGACGGAGGAAGAAUAAGGGGUGCGCGGUGGUGAGGAGGCUGCAGGAGGCGUCGUGUGGGGCGGUGCGGGCCAUCUUCCGCCGCCUGCUCGCGUGCACCACCACCGUCGACGUCGAGGUUGCCGAGCCGCCACCUUAUUCCGGCCGGUGA